AUGCUUGGCGGACGGAACCUCGCUACUACUGGUCCAUCCAGGAUCGUUAGUGCUAGUUUGCUAUUGUUUGUAGCCAUAGUCACAUUCAAUACGCAAGCAUGCAGUGCAUGCAGUUGUCCCUACGUUACCAUUAAAGAACAGCUGUGUUUCUCAGACUGGCUCGCGGUGGUGACUGUCGACGUACAAGUAGAGGAACUACAACUUUUGGCCAAAACUAUAGCUGACAUCGAAGUAGGUGCAGUUAAUGAGGUGCUUAUUAUCCCUCUGAGUAAUUCGAGCCACUCGAAUAAUGUCAACUCAUGUGACCUCGGCCCCGAUGACUUCAUCGACGGGGGUACGUAUGUACUUGCAGGGAAAGAGGAGAAUGGCACAUUGUCUAUCAAUAUGUGCUACUAUCACAUUCUGUGGACAGAUGUGGAUGAAGCAGACAGGCAGAUGUUCUUGGACUGGAACGACAGUGAUUACAACGAAAUGUGCAAAGACCACUGCCCACCAGGGUGUCUGGAAUACUUCGACGGGUGCAAUACCUGUGGAUGUACCUUUGAGGGCGAUUUGUUCGACUGUUCAACUGCCGUGUGUGAUGAAGAACAGACAGUUGAUCCCCUAUGCACCUGCUCCGCGACUGAACCUUCGUCGCAGUGCGAGCUGGAAUGUACUGCUGGUUUUACCACCGAUUUACGAGGAUGUGCGCAAUGCGAAUGUAUCCCUGACAACAAUUUGGCGGUAUGA